ACCUAUGCCAGUAUUCUCAUAUAUUCCUUGGAAGAAGGCUGGGUUUUUUCGUGUGAUUGGCUGCUGCCACUGCCCACUUUUCUUUAUAAAUGACCCUGCAAAGCUCCAAUACAAGAACUCUUUGUGACAGGUGUUAAUAACUGUUGUUUAAAACUACAGUCAACCAAGGCAACAGUGGUACAAACCGAAAAGACAGGAAAGCCGUGUAAUCGUUUAAUCAUUGACCUGCGAUCCGGACAGACCCUGCAGUGCUAACCAGCUGCCAUUUCUUCUCGUGUAUCACUAAAGUGGUGGGUGGUUCACACAACGAAAAAUACAAUAAAAAUGAAAACCACCAGCACAGAUGGCUACCCUGCAAGCCCUGCACCAUGCUGGAGAAGGUCUGAAAUGCUUCGCAGAAAGAAGGCUGCUGCAGACAUUUUUGAGGACAUUGACUUGGACCAGAUGGCAGACCUUUUCCGUAAGACAGGUGACAAAAAAGCAGAGGAGCGGGCACGGAUUAUCUGGGAGCUGAAAGACAGUGAAGAUAUAGGCGAAGCACUGAUGCAACUGAAAGGGAAAAAGCAGACUGUAUCACUAACUGAUCCAGCACAACCUUCUGAUGAGAGACGACAUGAAUUCAAGGGAGUCCUUUGGCUGAAAGCAUUUAGCAACCUCUGCAUUGAUGACAGUAAAUGCCGUGUAAUUGGUCUCUCUGACGGGGAAGUUGCACAGUCUGCUCUUCCUAGCCAAGCCAACUUCAGGAGCAAGAAAUUGCAGAAGCAGAAACACAAGAUUAGAGUGCCAGUAAAGAAAACGAAGAAAAGGGGAAAGAUGAUGCUGUCUCAGGAUCCAGCCAGAUACCUGCAUCAGAUCUUGCAUUAGGAACAGCACUAACACGUAAUUAAUAUCAGAGGCCCUCCCAUCCAUUGACCUGACUUCUAAGGACAUAACAUUUCUUGUUAAGUAGUCAGCUGGUAAAUCAGAAUGAGACCUGCAGCUGUUUGUAGCACGACAACAGUACUUCUCAGAUGUCUAUAAACCUCCGUGGAUAGCUUACAGAUCUGCCACUCAGCUUCAGCAUGCAUGUAGACAAGGAAGACAAGCUAAUAGGCUUACCACGCAGAACAGACUGUACACCUCAAAGCAGAUUAUCAGUCUGACAUUUCAUUAUGAGUCAUGAAUGAAGUCUUCUUGCAGAAAGCUAUGCAGUGCUUCUACAUGUAAUGCAAAUAUAAGGCAAGACAGAUGAAAAGCACUAGUAUGUCUAAAUGUGCUAGCCACUUAGCAGGCGUGACUCAUCUAAAACCAAAUGCAGAUGUAAAGGGCAAUGUUAGGGAAAUGGCUAUGCUAAGGUAUUUUUUUCUAUCAUUAAGUAUGGUAUGGGUAGCUGACCCAGCAAAUAACACUAAAAGGUAUUUUUGACACAGAGUUUAGUAUUUUAUUUAAUGUCCUUUGGUUGUUACAGAGUGUUUUCCUUAGGGUGACUUCAACAACGAUUCUGCACCUUAUUUGCCAAUGAGACCUGCUGCAACACAUUUACAUAUAACUGUGAGGUAGGACAGUAUGCAACCUGCUGAAAGUUUGUUAAUUAGUUGCCACGCAGAAUGAUCAGUAUCCAUUUUCCUAAGCUAUUCUUCUGACCAGUAGACUACCCUUUGAAUCAUUUAUGUGCAUUGGGAUGGGGGUGUUAAUGUCUCUAUAUUCCAGCUAAUGGAUAGCAGAGUAACACAACAGAUGCAUUUAUGUGCAUUGGGAUGGGGGUGUUAAUGUCUCUAUAUUCCAGCUAAUGGAUAGCAGAGUAACACAACAGAUGGCAUUGCUGCCCCACAAUGCUUUGGGUGCCUGAUAUAUGAACUGACAUGCCCUCCCUGUAUCCCUCUGUGUUUUUCCCAGGUGCACUACUUUCCUCCCACAUCCCAAAGACAGGCGAUAGGUGAUCUAGUGAUUUUUUUAAAUUCCUGAAGGUGUGUGUGUGUGUGUGUGUGUGUUUAUGGCUCAACCUGCAAUGGUGCUAGAUAGUGGAAUCCUGAACUGAAUUAAGCACGUUACCAGAUACUAAAACUACAUUGUAGCUUACCUUGAAGCAAUGGUAUGGAGAAGGACACCAUAAGAAAUGGAGUAGUUUCUCACCCUUCACUAUCUUGGUAAAUACUUCUUUAAAGUAAAACCAAAAAUGAAGACACUAAGCUGAGCAAGUGAUGAACACAUUUAGAAUGUAAGCAGCGCACUUCAAGGUAACCGGAAGUGGCCAGAUGGUUUUCCUUCCAGUGAAACUCUUAAAUUCAGCUUACUUUAUUUUAGACUGACUUAUUUAAAAAAGCAAGAGACAGAGGGGUAACACUGGUUUCCACUUACUCCAUAUUAUAAUACAGUAGUCAUAAAAAAUAGACUGAAAGGAAAUACAUUUUAUAGUUACGUAUCCAACAGUGUAACAAAGCUACUGAAUUAUGCAGCAGAUCCUUUGUAAUGGCUAGUGCAGAUUACAAUUGACACUCCGUGUCUUGAAUGAAUUAAGCAGCUCCACUCUAUAGUGUACAAGAAAAUACUCCGAAUAGGGACAAUUAAACUUUACAUUUUAUUCUUAGUGUGUUAUCAAUAAUCUUAAGGCUGACCAUUUUAAAGGACCAGUGACUGAGAACAGAACUAACUCUCAGCUGUACUUCAUAGUACAAAAUCCACCAGUGAUCAUACCUUACAAGUCCAUAUUCAUAAGUAAUCAUAUAUCAUGAGUCCAUGUACAUCAGAAGUCAGACUUUGUGAGUCUGUUUAGCAUGUAGUCACUCAUUUAACAGAAAUGACUGAAUUCUUAAAAAACAUUGCUUGGUAAAAGAAUACAGAAUUUGUCAACAAUAAAUUAAUUUAUCACAGGGCUGGUAAAGAAUCUUGCAAACUUCACAGUGACUACUCAAGAUCUAUAAAACAUGCUGGAUAUAAAUUUUUUCUUUUUCAUGCAACAUAUUAUCCAUGCAGUCAGUACAGGGUAAUGGGCAAAAGGCUGAAGACCUUUAAAUUGCACAGAACAUUUGCAAAAACUGUCAACAGUGUAAUGUUCCUGUUAAGAAACACUAUAAAGAUUCUAAGGAUAUAUAUUUGGCAAUUUUUAACUAACAGCAGUUUGGAAAAAUGUUUUCAGUUAUUUUUUUAAGAAUAUGAUUAACUUUGUUCUUUUUAUGAAACUGGUAAUUCCAAGUUGUUUAACUGUACCUAUAUGUAUGGAAACACUAAGUGUAACCUAUUUUAUUAUCACAGCUCUUUUAGUUCUAUGUAGAAAGCAUGACACAAUUAAAACCUAAGAUUCAUGGUUUUGUGAAGAAAGUAGUAAUAAAAUUCCAUGUAAAGAAACAGAAAAAAGUGAGCACACAGGUUUUCAUGUGACUUGACAUUCAGGUAUAUUUACAGGUAGAUGACUCAAGGCUUACGCAUCUGUCACAGUGUCUGAGUGGUCUAAGAUGCCAGACUUGUUUCUGUUACUGGUGCUGCUCCAUUUGGCAUGUUCAGCUUGUGCUGUAAGUGAAAAUCUGCAGAUAUAUUAUACUGCUAGGAGUGAGUAAUCAGAGCUUUUUACUUUGAUGUCUUGUUAGUUUUACUGAGGAGAGUGGAGGUGUAAAGGAAGUUCAGUACUGGUGAGAAAGGUUUUUAAGACAAAUAUUUUUUACAUUCCUGAGAUUCUGCAAUCUAAUAAGCAUUAAAACCAUCAAAAUAGAUGUUUUGUGUAAACACUGACACAAUCAGAGAGAAAAAUGUUUGGCAUUAUUAGUUGUGACUGUCUCUGACCUUUAGUUGACUGAACUACUAACUGUCUUUCGGCUUCUCACGUUAAGGCCGCCACCGCGGAUUACCAUUCCGCAGAUUGAUUGGCAGUGGAGGUUUUAUGGUGUUGAAUUGCCAGCCCAGCACCCAACCUUCACGGAAGGCACACACGCACGCACCUACUGCAUGUCUUUAAAACUCAUUCGACAGCAGGGAGAACAUGCAAACUCUGAAUAGAAGGCGAUCUAGCCGAGAAUUGAACCAGAGAACCUCUUGCUGUGAGAUGACAAUGCUAACCGCUGCACCACCACUGCCUCACAACAAUAAUUUCUCUUAAAAGACUUUCUUCCUUGUCCAGGAUCAUAUAAACUGACAUUACACUGUCUUGUGUAGUGAGUGUGUAUGACAUGUUUUAUUGUGGAUGACACAAAUAUAUUUUAUUAGGUUUGCGAGUCUGUGAAACAAGACUUAUGGGCCACACAUUAAUGAAAGAAUAAAAGCAAACAAAUAUGAA